AUGAAAAUCGAGUGGGCUCCCCUACACGUCCCGCUGGCACGACGCCUGCAGACCCUGGUCACAGCGGUUCUCACCGUCACGUUCUUCACGCUGCCCCUUUUAGCCUGCCUCGUUGUUGCAGUCCUGCUGUUCUAUGGGGGCAUCAUACUCCGCACUUUGAUGCUCAUUUAUUUUGUUUAUAUGUUUGUGGAUCACAAGAGAAACUACUCCAUCUUGGAAGGCAAUGGCUGGAUGAUAAACCGUUCGAAUCGUCUAUAUCGGAACUAUCGCGACUAUUUUCCCAUAGAGCUAGUAAAGACAGUAGACCUGCCACCAAACAGAAACUACAUCUUGGCCAGCUUUCCCCAUGGCAUACUCGGAACUGGAGUUUGCGUCAACAUGGGACUGGACAUCGGCAAAUGGCUGGAGUUGUUUCCCCAGAUCCGUCCCAAGGUGGGCACCUUGAAUCAACACUUCCGAACACCGCUGCUCCGUGAAAUUGUGCGCUGGUGGGGAAUGGUGUCGGUGUCCAAGGAGUCCCUGGUCCGACUGCUAACCAAAUCGAAUGAUCCAAAGCAUGCGGGUAAUAGCGAUGGCUUCACGUCCAAUGCGGUGGCCAUACUGGUAGGGGGCGCCCAGGAAGCCAUGGACUCGCAUCCCGGGAAGUAUAUUCUGACCCUGAAGAACCGCAAGGGAUUCGUCAAAAUGGCCAUUCGAACGGGAUCACCAAUUGUUCCCACGUUUUCCUUCGGGGAGGUGGAUAUAUUCGAUCAGGUGGCCAAUCCACCAGACUCGUUGCUGCGUCGCGUGCAGUCUGUGGUGAAGAAACUGACGGGAAUAUCCCCGCUUAUACCAGUGGGUCGUGGCAUCUUCAACUAUUCCGUAGGCUUCCUGCCCCAACGCCGUCGCAUCGUCCAAGUUGUUGGCUCCCCCAUCGAUGUGGUAAAGAGUGAGCAACCGGAUGCCGCCUAUGUGGACAAAGUCCAUAGACAAGUCAUAGAGGACCUCGAGAGGAUGUUCGAUCUUUAUAAGGAGAAAUAUAUACCGAACUCAAAGAACAGCAAGCUGGUUAUACAGUAACUGCCUCAGAUAUUCUCAGGCCAAAAGUGAUCUUCAGUGUAGAAGGAUAACCCUUCUGCUUUCUAAGCAUUUAAGCACAAACACAACACACACACAAAGUCGAGUUUAAGGAUUAUGUUUAACGAAAGCAUACUAUACAUAUGUUUUGUUGUUUUCCUUUUAUUAAUUAUUACCAAUUAUUUAUAUAUACAAAAAGAACAAGGAGCUGGAUUGUAAUUUUGUAAUUCGUAUUUGGAAAAGCUUAAAUUAAUUGCGCAUUUUGUGCCACGAUGCCAUGCUCUGAUCAUUCAUUAAUUGAAUUAUCAUCUUCCGCCUUGUAUAUGCUUUAACAACUAUAAGGAAUUUGAUUUUGGUAAGAGUACGUGCUACGCUAGGAAAGAUUCAAUCGCAGAAUUUCAUUAAGGUACAAUUUAAUUUAGUAACACUUAUCCAAUUUCUUGCUAGUUUUCUUUUUCUUUUUAUUUUAAUUUGUAUUUUCCGUUUUUAAACUCUUAAGCAAUGGCAAUAUUUGAAAUUUUAUGGAAUAUAUAAGUUCAAUUGGGAUGCUAGUUUUAAGUAC